AUGUCCUUUACGUUAAUAUUAGUCGAUGUCAAAACCCGGUAUGGAGACAUAUCGGUUUCUGGCCUCCUUGAGCAACAACCAAAUAAUCAAUUGGCACAUGCAGCAUGUGGUGAAGAAAAUGAACAUAGGGAAACAUUGAAUGUAAUGGCUGUUUCUGAUGUUUUUAAGGAUAUGAAGACAAUGAAUGUACGGGCAACGUCGGAUAUUUUUCCAGACAUUCAACCUUUCUCCAUAGUGGAAGAUGAGGGUUUCCGAGAAUUUUGGGACGUUGUGGGUUAUACUUUGCCCAGUAGGAAAACACUAAGUAAGACUUUACUUCCUGCCAAAUAUUUAGAGACUCUAAAUAAAACUAGAGAAAUUAUGGCAACCGGCGAAUCGGUAACAAUAAUUACUGAUAUGUGGUCAUCCAGAAAUAGUGAUCGUUUUAAGGGAGUUACAGCUCAUUUUAUAAAUGAUAAAUUCGAACUUAAGUCAAUUCUUUUGGAAGUUUCUCUGUUCGAGGGAUCUCAUACGAGUGUAAACUUAGCAAAUGAACUACAACGUGUUAUAACUAAAUCGGAUUUGCACAACAAAAUAUUUAUAGGUAUUACUGACAAUGCUGCAAAUGUAAAAAAAGCGAUUUUAGAAGAGUUACAAUUAAAGCAUUUGGGUUGUUUAGUACACACUAUUAAUUUAAUAGCUCAAGAUGGUCUAGAAUCAAUCAAAACUUUAAUUGAAAAGGUUAAACUUGUCGUUAGUUUAUUCAAGCGAAGUAAUUUAGCCAAAGAGAAGCUUGAUUGGUGUCAAAAGCAAAACGGCAAAGAUCCCAAAAAAUUAAUUCAGGCUGUUCCUACACGAUGGAACUCCGUUUAUUAUAUGCUGGAGAGAAUUGUUAACCUCAAAGAAGAAGCUAGAGCUUCUAUUGCGGUAUCAUAUCGACAUCAUUUGCCGAAAGACCGACAAAAGUUGUUGAAGUUAUCUUCAACAGCAGCCAGGGACAUUGAUUUGUCAUCAUCACUUAACACGCUACAAAAUAUUUUUAUGGAUUUGGCUGCCUCUAGAGGUGAAUAUUCUCGGGCUGAAUACGGACACUUAACUUCUACAAUCUUAUUGUCACCUACUAAUCCGUCAGGGGAAGCUCCUAAAAACCCAUAA